UGGCAUGGCCCCACUGCUUCUGCCCCUGCUGGCAGCGCUGGCCCUGACUCAGGUCCCUGCAGCUUUAGCUGAUGUCCUGGAAAGGGACAGCUCAGAAGACCGCGCCUUUCGUGUGCGCAUUGCUGGCGCCUCACCGCUGCAGGGUGUGCUGGGCGGUGCCCUCACCAUCCCGUGCCACGUUCAUUACCUGCGGCCGCCGGGCCGCCGGGCUCCACCUGGCUCUCCGAGGGUCAAGUGGACCUUCCUAUCUGGGGGCCGGGAGGCCGAGGUGCUGGUGGCUCGCGGUCUACGCGUCAAGGUGAGCGAGGCCUACAGGUUCCGUGUGGCGCUGCCCGCCUACCCCGCCUCCCUCACCGAUGUCUCCCUGGUGCUGAGCGAGCUGCGGCCGAAUGACUCGGGCAUCUACCGCUGCGAGGUCCAGCAUGGCAUCGAUGACAGCAGUGAUGCUGUGGAGGUCAAGGUCAAAGGGGUUGUCUUUCUCUACCGGGAGGGCUCUGCCCGCUAUGCUUUCUCCUUUGCUGGGGCGCAGGAGGCCUGUGCCCGCAUCGGAGCCCGAAUCGCCACCCCAGAGCAGCUCUACGCUGCCUACCUUGGAGGCUAUGAGCAGUGCGACGCUGGCUGGCUGGCAGACCAGACCGUGAGGUACCCCAUCCAGACCCCACGAGAAGCCUGUUAUGGAGACAUGGAUGGCUUCCCUGGGGUCCGGAACUAUGGAGUGGUGGACCCAGAUGAUCUCUAUGAUGUCUACUGUUACGCUGAGGACCUCAAUGGAGAACUGUUCCUAGGUGCCCCUCCAGGCAAGCUGACAUGGGAGGAGGCACGGGCGUACUGCCGGGAGCGGGGUGCCGAGAUUGCCACCACGGGUCAGCUGUAUGCAGCCUGGGAUGGCGGCCUGGACCGCUGCAGCCCAGGCUGGCUGGCUGAUGGCAGUGUGCGCUAUCCCAUUGUCACCCCCAGUCAGCGCUGUGGUGGGGGCCUGCCUGGCGUCAAGACCCUCUUCCUCUUCCCCAAUCAGACUGGCUUCCCCAACAAGCACAGCCGCUUCAAUGUCUACUGUUUCCGAGACUCUGCCCAGCCCUCUGCCACACCUGGGGCCUCCAACCCAGCCUCUGAUGGACUAGAGGCCAUCGUCACGGUGACGGAAACCCUGGAGGAACUGCAGCUGCCUCAGGAGGCUGUGGAGAGCGAGUCCCGUGGAGCCAUUUACUCCAUUCCAAUCCUGGAGGAUGGAGCAGGUGGAAGCUCAACUCCAGAAGACCCAGCAGAGGCCCCUAGGACCCUUCUAGAAUUCGAAACCCAAUCCAUUGUACCGCCCAUGGAAUCCUCAGAAGAGGAGGGCAAGGCGUUGGAGAAAGAAGAGAAAUACAAGGAUGGAAAAGAGGAGGAAGAAGAGGAGGAGGAGAUGGUGGAGGAGGAGGACCUGUGGGCAUGGCCCAGUGAGCUCAGUGGUCCAGGCCCUGGGGCCUCUCUUCCUACUGAGCCAGCCCUGGAGGAGUCCCCCUCCCAGGCCAUGCUGCCAGCAAGAACAACCCCACAGCCUCUUUCUGAUGGAGAUGCAGAAACUCCCAGGCCUCCAAGGAUCCGAGGACCACCUACAGAGACCCUACCCACUCCCAGGGAGGGAAGACUAGCAUCCCCAGCACCUGCCACUCCCCUUGGGGCCAGAGAGGUUGGGGAGGAGACCGGAGGUACUGAGUUAUUUGGGGUCCCUCGUGGAGAGAGUGAAGAGCCAGGGAGCUCCGAGGAGACCCCCUCCUUGCUGCCAGCCACAAGGCCCCCCGAGGGUACCAGGGAGCUGGAGGCUCCCUCUGAAGAAAAUUCUGGAAGAACUGACCCAGCAGGGACCUCAGUGCAGGCCCAGCCAGUGCUGCCCACUGACAGCGCCAGCCGAGGUGGAGUGGCCGUGGCCCCCUCAUCAGGUGACUGUGUCCCCAGCCCCUGCCACAAUGGUGGGACGUGCUUGGAGGAGGAGGAGGGGGCCCGCUGCCUGUGUUUGCCUGGCUAUGGGGGGGACCUGUGCGAUGUUGGACUCCGCUUGUGCAGCCCGGGCUGGGACGCCUUCCAGGGCGCCUGCUACAGGCACUUUUCCACGCGGCGGAGCUGGGAGGAGGCGGAGACGCAGUGCCGGAUGUACGGCGCGCACCUGACCAGCAUCAGCACCCCGGAGGAGCAGGACUUCAUCAACAAUAGAUACCGGGAGUACCAGUGGAUCGGCCUCAACGACAGGACCCUCGAAGGCGAUUUUCUGUGGUCAGAUGGCGUCCCCCUGCUCUAUGAGAACUGGAACCCUGGGCAGCCCGACAGCUACUUCCUGUCUGGUGAGAACUGCGUGGUCAUGGUGUGGCACGACCAGGGACAGUGGAGCGAUGUGCCCUGCAACUACCACCUGCCCUACACCUGCAGGAUGGGGCUGGUGUCCUGUGGACCCCCACCAGAGUUGCCCCUGGCUCAACUCUUUGGCCGCCCGCGGCUGCGCUAUGAAGUGGACACAGUGCUUCGUUACCGGUGCCAGGAGGGGCUGGCACAGCGCAACUUGCCCCUGAUUCGUUGCCAGGAGAACGGCCAUUGGGAGCCCCCCCAGAUCUCCUGUGUGCCCCGAAGGCCUGGCCGGGAUCUGCAACCCAAGAAGGCCCCAAAAGGACACCAAGGGAAGCUGCUGGGACGCUGGAAGGCGCGGUUGACCUCCCCGCCAAGGCCUGCUCCGGGUCCCUAG